AUGGACGGUCGCAACUACUACCACAACCCACCAACAGCCAUGUCCUCUUCAUCGUUCUUCGAUUUCGACUUCGACAGCAGCUUUCACUCAGACGAAGACGCGCACGAACAGGGCAUUCCGACCGCUACAUCCACCACGAUGACACCGACAAAUCAGGCCGAGACCUACCAAAGCCCCCAUCUUGCACCCACGCCACGCUACAGUUCCAACCUCGCCCCGACUUUUGAGCGCAACAGCUAUCCAGCACCGAGUGUGGUAUACAACAACCCAUAUCCGGCUAGAUUGAUGCCCACCUACCAGCCGCCUAACUUCCAACCGCGGCCACCUCCAACGCCUAUGGCGUCAGUACCGACCAUGCGCCGGUCUCCUUACCCAACACAAUUUAGUUUCACUCCGCCGCCGCCUUCUAUGCCCAUCGAUCCUGCUCUUCUCACGCUCUCGGACGCCCACUUUGAGCCACUGCUCCCCGGAAAUGAGCUGCCUGCUGGUCCGCAGCUGCUUGAAGGCCUAUUUGGCAACGCGCUGCCACAGUUCGCAGCCGUGUCAGGCACCGCGCAAGCGGUCAACCAACUGCGCAAAGCAAUCGACUUUGAGCACUUGAUGGUCGAAAGCAACGUUCAAGGUUUUCAAGAAGCCUUUGUUGCAUCCCUGAAGCACCUUCAGGUCACCGGUGCGAUUGCCGACCCUGAAAUGGUGGACACUGGCAGAGGACGCUUCACGCUGGAUGAGAUGACAUGGUACGAGCGCGGAGCCUUUGGUAUCACACCUGCCGACUUCUUGAUCGACCCUGCAGAGAGCGUGCAGAACUUUGGCAGUCCACCGUUCAAGGGCAAAGUGGACUUCCUGCUAGGUUUUCUUCGCGUGAUGGAGAAGUAUCAUGACCACUCGCAUGGAACCAGCUACCAGCUCGGAAUCGUCUCGAAGACCAUCUUCGAUGAGUUCACAGUGCAAAUCUUCCAAACCAAGGAAGGUGCCGAGGCUGCUCACACCGUUUGGCUUUUCCGCGAAUGCAUUGGCGACUAUUCCAGUCCCGAUGGUUGGACAGAGUCGUGGCGCGCCUUUGUCGAACGCCAAGGCACUCAAGAUACCGGUCAGACAUCUUCUAGUUCUGUCUCGGAUACCUUCCUCUUCCCCAAGCAACACCAGAACUUCGAUCGAUCAGGCCCCAGCUACCGAAACACCAGCAUUGGCGCCUUGUCACCACCAAAGCGCAAGCAGCGUGGCCGUCCACGCAAGACGGCCUCUCUACCCUCAUUUCCCACGACCGCGCCUUCAGCUCACGACAUUCCACCUCGGCACAACUGGUCAGGCGCUCAAACCAAGCAGGACAACGCCCAUCACUUUCAGCACCUCACCGACGAGGAGAUCCUCUCAGGCAGUGUUCACCCAGACGACAUCGUCGGCACGCUCAUGCUUCGCCUGGUCCCUGCUCACUCCAACUCUGAGCUGCACGAAAGAAUCAACGCGCUUUACGCAAGGGUGGAUCCUGACGAGCCGAAGAAUGUUACAGCUUCGUCAAUCACGAAGCGCUGGACUUUGGCGCUGCAGCACAUCUGCAAGCGUGAUGGGCUGGAUCGCAAGGCAGAGAUGGAUCGCUACCAUCGCAUGCGGUCUAGCAACGGCAUUCCUGGAGGCACGGGUGGAGGUGAGGGCCCGCCUGCUUCGAAGAAACGAAAGGCUUCACGCAUGAAGGGAGAAGAAGAAGAAAAGGCUGUCGUCAAGCGCGAAGAAUCCCCUGAUGCCGAUGCCAAGUUCGAAGAAGACGAUGACUUUGUCACCCCACCAGCUAGACCUCCCACUUGUCGCCGGCGCAUGAGAAAGCAAGUGAACUAUGCGACUGCGCUGGAGAAUUUCGAGGGGCUUGAAGACGACGAUGAACAGGAUGGGGACAGCCGUCCGGCCAAGCGGAAGAAGUACGCUGAGGAGGACGACGAGGGCUCCGAGUUUGAGCAGUGA